AUGAAAGAAGUGAAAAGUGGAACUCUUCAAUGCAGCUCCCAUGAGGUCAUCAUACAGGAUGUGGGUCGUCUUUCCUAUGAUGCUGAGGUGAAGAGUGGGGCCAGUUCUGUAGAGCCCUCAGACAUUAAUAUGUCCCCAGGCGGCAACCCAGACCAAGGAUGUCUGGCUGGCCUUUGGUGGAAAAAGGCUCAGCUCAAGAAAAAGAGAGGUGUCCCUCAAAUCAAUGAGCAAAUGCUGUUUCAUGGCACCAGCAGUGAAUUUGUGGAAGCAAUUUGCAUUCACAACUUUGACUGGAGAAUCAAUGGUGUACACGGUGCUGUCUUUGGAAAAGGAACCUACUUCGCUAGAGAUGCUGCAUACUCCAGUCGUUUCUGCAGGGAUGACGUCAAGCACGGGAACACAUUCCAGAUCCACGGGGUCAGCUUGCAGCAGCGACAUCUGUUCAGAACCUAUAAAUCCAUGUUUCUUGCUCGAGUGCUAAUUGGUGAUUACAUAAACGGAGACUCGAAAUACAUGAGACCUCCUUCCAAAGACGGGAGCUAUGUGAAUUUGUAUGACAGCUGUGUGGAUGACACCUGGAACCCAAAGAUCUUUGUGGUUUUUGAUGCCAACCAGAUCUACCCUGAGUACCUGAUAGACUUCCACUGACCCUGCCUCCCAGGCUCAGUGGUCAAAGUUUUGCUCUCUCAUUGCAGGAGGAUUUGGCCCCCUGUCUUCUAGCCGCUAAUAUAAAUAUUGGAUACUUUUGAAACAGAUACAGAAAAGAAUGCGGCCUCAGUAUAUAAAGAAGUACUGGCUGUCAGGUUGGUUAUAUGUUGUUCUGUUUCUGUCUGUUCCGGUUUUGUUAAAGACCGAUGCUAUUGCCAUCUUAACAUACAGGAGAGAGAGAUACUUCUCAAAACAGAAUAGGUUGAGUCUCAUUACCAUAGCCAGGCAGUCUUCAAAGUUCACGUGCAUGUGACCGGGUCAAAUGAUUUUAGUUUUGUACGCUGUUAGGAGAACUGGUCCUUUAUAAAUGGAAUUUUGGCAUUAUUAUUUAUCAAUGAGCAUGUGACUUUGUUGGUCUUCUGAAGGGGGCAUUUAAAACCCUGAAACAGCCCCUGGUGCUCAGCAAAGUAAGAAACAAGGACGUUGUCCGCUGUGCUAGGAGACAUGCUAGCAGAAGAGAGACCAGGACAGAGCCUGCUUCCCACUGCUGUAGGAAGAUGGUCUGUAGCCCCAGAGCAGCGCACACCAUUCUCACCUACCUCCUGCAGGUGAGUUGACCAGGCUGUUGAGGGUUGUGAGCUCACAGUCUGGCCUGCAGCAGUCUCUGGUCCCUGCCCCCAAGUUAUUUAUUUCCUUUGUUUUCCAAGCCCUGCAGUUAUCACUUCUAACGGUUUUAUCGGUCCUCCCCACAAUUGGAGACACACAUAGCCAUUCUACAGCGAUUCCUAAGAUCCACACGUGUUAGUAGUUGGUGUCUCUCUCUUUUGAAUGAUUGUGGAGAACAUGAGAUGCUGGGAAGAAGUCCGAUUUCUUCUUUAAAGGAGUGAUUGACAACUUCCAACCCCUGAGCAGCUAUGUACAACUUAGAGUUGUGCUCAUGGCUUUGGGUACCUGUCUGCUUGCCUGCUGUUCUGUCCUGAAGAUGAAGUGGUCUGUACCAGCUAACUGCCCGUUGGUGUUCUAGCAGAGACGAGGCAGCACUCAGGCACGAUGCUGUCUAGGUGUUCAAGUAUCAGACAGGGAGCUGCCUGUGGGUUGUCUCCUUUUGCCAUGAUUCCUUAUGGGGAAGAUCAUUCCUCCAGCCACUCACCCAGAACCUUUGCCUAACUCUUCAUACUGACUCUUGUCUCUGGUAUCCUCAUCCAGCUUUGGGUACAAGGAAGUGAGCACAGUUUGGCUUCUAGUGCCUCUGCCUGUAUUGUUCUCUUCAGUCACUCAAAUCGGGAAGCAUCUAAAAAUAAUAAAUGUGUGCAACAGGAUUAGGGACAGUGAUUUUCGUAAGGAUAGCAGUUCUUUCAGCUUUGUAAAUCAUCAGGUUUUCCUUAUAGCCUGGAAUAUGUGUCACUGUGCAGUGGGAAGUACAUGAACGGUACUCAGGAAGGCACACACACAGUGCUUUGGCAUACCGUGGCAUAAUGAUUUCCUGGCUCAAAUGUGUAGACCCACAGUUGGCUUAAGAAAGGAUAGAAAGGACACAUUUCAAAACCAAUAGUGGUCCCUGCAAAAGUUCUUGAAGGCAAAGCAGAUAGGCUGCCUGCCCGCUCACAAGAAUCAGUGUUAGAGGCAUUAGGAGUUUGGACUGAACAGUCUCUCUUCUAGUUCUUUUCUUCUAUUUUUGUUUUAUUUGUGUGUUUGUGUGUUUGUUUGUUUGCGUCUGGUUUUCAAGACAGGGUUUCUCUGUGUAGCCCUGGCUGUCUUAGAACUCUCUCUGUAGACCAAACUGGCAUGCAAUGUGUUAAAGUCCCUCUUACGUGGCUGUCUCCCUCCACCCAGUUCCAUGCACACUUCUCUUAAUACUUGAAUGGAAUGACUGUUGUAGUUGGGGUUAUUUCCUUUUAGACUUGUGUAUCCGUGUCAAGGUGACUGAGAACACAGGCAGUCUGUGCAAUCGCUCUCCCUUGUUGGCUUGCAUGAGGAAGGUGGGGGUGUGUCAUGGUGUCCACCAUAAGAAAGCACUGCCCUGCUGUUGUUGGAACGGACUGCCAGCCCCCCUUCAUAAGGAAGAAGUGACUUCGGUAUGUGUUUUAAAAUAUAAUAAUGUAGACUUCACUCGUGUUAAAGUUUUACUGUCUUGUCUGUUCCAUGUACAGAAGAGCAUCAUUCCCUCUGCUUAUCAAAUUGAGAGUGAAGGGAGCCGGUACAGAGUGGUGAGCCAUGCCACAAAGCUGGCUGAAUAAACUCCAUUGAGUACAAACUUGUUUUUUCUCUGUGGGGAGUCUAGCCUCGGGGUAAAAAUAAAUGUGUUUAUGGGAAAACAUUUUCCUAAAUCUCUUAUCUCCCAUCAGGAAUAUUUGAGAUUAGUGGAUUACUUCAUUUCUAGACUGGUGGUGGUGAUGAUGGCAAAUCUUGAUAUUUAAUGUCUGAGUGUAUUGUUUCUACAAUUGUUGAUUAAAGUUUUCUGUAUCAGGUC